CCUCAAGCUUUCCAAACCUGCCGUCACCAGGUGUCGCCUGCUAGGUACCCACUGCCUGAGGAUACCGCAGCCUCAAGCUCGAGGUACACCUGCGGCCAAACUCGACACCUUGCGCCUAUCAGCCUGACGUGACCUAGGGGGUAUCGUCACACGCAACAGACCGCAUAUCGUCGCCAACCGUAAUCCAGCGCUGGGUUUGAUUUGUUCGACUACCACAGCACCGGACACGUCCUACGACAUCAACUCAAGGUCCACAACGCUCCUCUCAAUUCAAUCUCCAUCUCCUUCUCUGCCCACCUUGUGGUGGUGAUGUGAAGGCAUCAUCAUGGCUAUCCAAUACCUCAUCCUCCUCUCGCGCCAGGGCAAAGUGCGCCUCGCAAAAUGGUUCACCACCCUGUCACCCAAGGAAAAGGCCAAGAUCGUCAAGGACGUUUCUCAGCUGGUCCUCGCCCGUAGAACCCGCAUGUGCAACUUCCUCGAGUACAAGGAUUCCAAGAUCGUUUACCGCAGAUAUGCGUCGCUAUUCUUUAUCGCAGGAGCGGCGUCAGAAGAUAACGAACUUAUUACCCUCGAGAUCAUCCAUCGCUACGUCGAGCAGAUGGACAAGUACUAUGGUAACGUCUGCGAGCUAGAUAUCAUCUUCUCCUUUACGAAAGCCUACUACAUCUUGGACGAGCUAUUAUUGGCGGGAGAACUACAAGAAAGCAGUAAAAAGAAUGUGCUGCGGUGUAUAUCCCAGCAGGAUUCGCUCGAGGACAUGGAGGAAACGGAAGAGAUUACAUCUUCCCUCAAAGAGGUUGGCAUCCUUUGACGACCCGUCAUGGCUUUCGGAUACACUGCAGGCCGGAAAUCAAGAGGCCGACACGCGACAAUGAGGAUACGGUGCGCCGAU